AUGGGAACCAAGAGAAAGCGCGAUUCACUCGCUCAUUCCGCGUCUAAUCACAAACAAAAGAAACAAGAAGCAAAUGAAAGCCUGACGACCGAACCUAAGGGCCCCGAAUUCUCACCAUUUAUCGAAAACCCAAAGGGAGAUGAUCUCAAGCGUGAAGUCGCCCUCUAUGAGAAACUUGCUAGCGAAGAUGAGUCAGAAAGGCUGGCAGCAGCGGAUAUAAUUGUGUCAGGCCUACUGGAUGGGGAUGGCGUUCCACAAGCAACACUUCUUCGUCACCUCGAGCGAAGGCUAUUCCGUGGUCUUGCAAGUGGAAGAAAAGGAGCUAGGCUAGGAUAUAGCAUCGUCUUGACGGAAAUUAUUUCACAGCUCUAUGGCAAAGAGAAAUCGCUAGCGCAAUCCAAGUAUACCGGCUUACAUUUUCAGGAGCUCUUUCGUAUCCUUAAACUAAAAACAAAGCCUGAAGGAGAUCUUACCGGGCAGGAACUCAAGGAUCAUGUAUUUGGUCUACUAUUUGGCCUACAAUGCUUUGUCCGAGCUCGGGUGCUACUUCUUGACACAGAACGCUGGAGGACGGUUCUACUUGAGAUUUUUGAACUCGCAAAGAGAAAGCCGUGGGUUCGAGAAGAAUGUGGCUGGAUGGUUGUAGAAGCCUUAGAGCAGAUGGAUAAAACGCAAGCAGAAAUCACUUUGGAAAUUCUCUGUGAUGAGGGCCUGUCUAAAUCGCCUGAAGGCGUCGGAAUCUGGAUUACAGCACGGAAUAGGUUUCCCUCUAUGCGAUUCGAAUCGCUUCCCAAAGUUUGGGGUCAAAGUGCUAAUCCUCUUGACCAUCUUCACAGACUAUCUAAGGUUCUGAACGAGAGUUCGGGGCCCCAAGAAGAAGUUGAUGGUGAGGAGAAAUUUCGUCAAGCCAACCAGACCGGAAAUUGGAACGCAAAGCUACACUUUGUGUGGCGCCUCAUCCUGGACCAGUAUGCAGCAGAAAUACAAGCAGGGAAUGAAAAAUGUAAAGCUGACUUCACUAAGCUAUGGAUAAUCACCGUUGACGAAACACUUUUUGCUUCAACAGCCUCCCGAGAAAGAAAGUUUUGGGGAUUUCUACUCUUUCAAGAAAUUAUGCAAAAUUCACAAAUCUUUAGUUCAACCAUCUCUGCUAUCUUUAGUCCAAAUCUUUUACGAUGUCUCAUAAACCAUUCUCAGGAUAAAGAUAGAUUCCUCCACCGUGCGGCAGAAAGAUCCUUGAAAGUUGCCACAAGUGCAGUUCAGCUGAACCCGAGUAUUUUACCUGAUGUGCUACAAAGUCUUGUUGGAAUGAAUGGUAUUUAUAGAUUCGACGGCAUUACAAAAUCUAAGACAAUUUCUCAGAUGCUCGCAUCUGUCACGAAAGAAAAUGUUGACAGCGUUGUGGAAUUGCUAGAGGAUUUAGUAAUUGAUAUUAAAGUAGUCAAUAAAGAAACUGAAACCAAAGAGGCAGAGUCUAGAAGACAAAUGCUAGGCGAAUAUCUCCUGCAGAUCAUCAAGAAACCAGUUGCGGUAAAGGACACGUCGGUUAAAAUGAUUCGAACCAAAGCACUUGAGACUAUAGCCAAAUUCGCGUACUGUAAUAUUGAGCAGGCCAACCCGACUAUCUCAGGUAAAACCCGAGAACUUUUCCGAAGUCGGCUGAUGUCCUCUUUUGCAUAUCUUCUCACUGAUCUUGAGCAAUAUAGUUAUGCUUGUGAUCUGUGGAAAAAAAUUAAGCCAAGCGCUGUAGAAAUGGACUCUGGCAUCAAAAAUGCAAAGAAGAAUGCAGACUCUACAUUAGGUAGAAUUCUAAAAAAAAUAAAAAAGGCUGAUAGUGAUAAGAAAACUUCACUGCAGGCUUUAGCACUCUUAUAUUCAGUAACCAUCUUCCAGCUAUACAAUGGCGAGCCUGAAGCUGUGUCAUGUUUAAACGAGUUAGACUUAUGUUACCAGAAUCUAGUUCGCAAGAAAGCUGAAAUAUCCGAAACGCAAACACCUGAAGUUCUUGUUGAACUUUUGCUGUCGCUUGUAUCCAAACAAUCAUUGUUAUUGCGAAAAGUUACACAAUUUGUAUUCGGUGCCUUUUUAACACACAUAACUGAGGGUUGCUUAGAACUUAUGACCAACGUACUCGCGGUCAGCGAAAGCCUGCACGGGCAGCAAGAGCUAUUUGAUCAAGAGGGAGAUGAAGAAGGAGAUGAAGAUGAAGAAGAUGAUGACUCCCAAGAAAUCCCGGACAUGAAGGUAAAGCCAAGUUCUCUUGAACUGAUGACUGACGAACAAAAAAAUGUUGAUUCGGACAACGACGAAAUCUCUGAUAGUGACGGGGAAGAAAUCCAGAGAUUGAAUGCCGCGCUAGCGACAACCUUGGGUACCAAUCUUGACGACUCUGAAUCUGAAGAUAGUGGUGAUAUGACUGAUUCUGAGAUGAUGGCGUUGGAUUCAAAGCUAGUCGAGAUAUUUUCACAGCGUCAAAGUGCACCGAAAUCAAAGACAAAGAAGCUAAAUCGAGAAGCUAAGGAAAAUGUGACCAACUUUAAGUCGCGCGUCCUUGAACUUCUCGAAACCUUUGUGAAGAAGAAGGCGGAUUGCGACCUCGCUUUUAACUUGAUUUUGCCCUUACUUCGCCUUGUCCGCACUACCAAAACUCGAGCGCUUGCAGAAAAGGCGCAUAGCAUUUUGCAUGUCUUUUCAAAGGCCUACCGCUCCUUACAAACAGUCUCCACACCAAAUCCCACUGAACGCCUUGCUUUACUUGAUAAAAUUCAUGACGAGGUGGCCACAGAUCACUCGCAUGCCUUUUGUAAGGCUUCAAGUACCGCUAGUCUGAUAGUCGUCUCGAGUUUGUACCGGCUCGAUUCUAAGUUUGUUGCAGAUGUUGCAAAUAUUUAUCGUGACACGCAGGUAAAAUGGAUCAUGGGGCAAGCUAAAACGCAAGCAGUGUUUUUUACUGAAUGGAUCAACUGGUGCCAAAGUCACCUAGCUACUACCAGCGCCUCAGUUGAUUAG